AUGGACGCGCCGGGAAAGGAGGCGCCGGUGGAUGGGGGCCCUGCCGUGGCGGCGAUGGCGGCGCUCGGGGGAGACGGCGGUGGGAAAGGCGGAAAAGGAGGUAGGAGUGGCGGCAUCGGUGGUCGCGGUGGCCGCGGCGGCGCCGCCGGUCCCUAUGGACGCGGCUGGGAAAGGAGGCACCGGUGGCUACGGGUCCCGCCAUGGCGGCGGCCGGCGGCGCCGGGGGCAACGGCGGUGGAGAAGGCGGGAAAGGAGGUAACAGCUGCGGUAUCGGUGGCACAGGAGGCGCUGGUGGGAGAGGCGGCAUCGGCGCGGCCGGCGGGAAGGGCGGUGAAGGCGGAGACGGCUUCGUCGGCGGAUAUGGUGGCCGUGGCGGGGAUGGCGGCGGCUUCGGCGCGCCUGGCGGUGCUGGCGGAUCAGGUGGCGCCGGAGCCGGUGGACUCGGCGGGCAGGGCGAAGGCGGUGGUCUGGGAGGGCAGGGUGGGGCGGGCGGAGCCGGCGGACCGAGUGAUCCCAUUCAUCUGGACUAGGGCUUACACAUGCCCUAGUUUUUCUCUCCAUGGCGUGCGUGCAAGGUGA